GGUUGUUAGGGUGAGUGAAAACGAGAAUCAGCUAGGAGAGGAUAAGAAUUUCAUUUUACUGUAAAACAAAUCUUGUAUAACCUGUGAAUUUUAUUGCUUUAAAGUUACUUUUAUUUAAAAAGUUUGACAUUAUAACGGACACGAAUACGUCAGUCAGUGUUUGUUCUUCAGGAUGGAGGAGAUGAUGAGCAAGGAGAAUAUUGAGGAGGUGAAGGUGCUAGAGGCUCAGAUUGAGCGUCUCCAGGCUGAAGUUGCAGUGUUGCAGGGUCAACAGCAGGACAACAACAUGGACAUAACAUUCCACCUCAGAGGCCAAAUGCAGGAUGCAAUGUCUUAUAUGUGCGGACAGAAACGAGCAGCGGGGAAGGAGAAGGUGCUGUCCAAGCUGAAGGAGGAGGUGGAGGAGCUGGAGGAGGAUCUGAAGUGGCAGACACAAAUGAAUGGCAUCAGUUUGAACAGCUGCACCACAAAGAUUCUACAAAGCAGCAGCACUAUGCUGGUCCAGCAGCUCUGUGUAUCAGGUCACUGCUCUGAACUGGUCUUUCAAGUGGAGUUCCGGCUCUCAGAGGUCAAGGAGGGUCAGGGAUCCAAGAGGACGAUCAGUGAUCUGAACAUGGUGAUGGAUGACAGUGACCUGCAGAACUUCAGCAGUUUCCUGUCUGGUGUGGAGGAGAGCAGUGAUCUUCCGCUGUUCUUCAGGACACUCAGGACUUUCUCAGACAGGUGUGAUGACCGGUGCAGAACUUUUCAGCACUUCCAGAAGAAGUAUCCGUCUGUCGUCUCUCUUCCUGGAGGCUGCAGGUCAGAGGUCAUGACCCUGAAUCAUCCUGAGCUUCCUGGCUGCGUCCUGUUCAUUCAUUGGUCGGUUGAAGUUUCCAGAGACGGCGCAGUCACUCCAAAGAUCAACCUGCUGACAAAGAUCCCUGACAGAGCACUGCAGCUGUUUCCCUCUGAGCCUGUAGGCGGCGCUGCAGAGGCCUUUCAGAGCCUCCUGAGGAUCCUGGGACCUGAAGCAGCCAUGGAGUCUGUCAUCAGGGCGGUCAGCCUCUCACAGGACACAUAACUCACAUGUUCACCUCUGUGCAGAACUACCGGUUAAAAUGUCAAACGCGCUUGUGUACAUAACACUCUGUUGCUGAGUCUCAUACCCACACACACAUUUUAUAUCUCAACAUGUCGAGACUGAGCUGAUGCACAUAUAAACAUAGACACGGAUCAGUAAACACACGGCAAGGGUUUAGUCUCUUAGAAAUCUUUAUUCAAUAGAAAGAGCACGACUGUAAUAGCUGUAACAGCAGAGCUCAUUGGUCAAAAUCUACAAAAAUAAAUAAUUUAAAUACAAAA